UCAAUUCCCAUCUUUUUAUAAAAAUUUUUAAUAAUAAUAAUCGCAGAAUCAGGGUAUAACAGCUUUGUACUAUUAGAUAUGUUACAAAGUCUCACCAAAGCAUAUAUAUUUUUGAUGUCCAUGCCCGUGUCCAUGAUAUUCGAAGUCGACUUAACUCAGUCCGUAUGUAUGUUUCAUGUGAUAUUCAAAGAAUCUUCAGUCGUACAAAUUGCGAUAGAAACCAAAUUUGGGUGUUCACAUUUUUCUUUGGAAGUACAGCAGCGUUAUAAAUCGCUUAUUACUAUUCAAAACUUGGAACAAUUUCCCAACAAACUGAAGGAAUAUUCAUUGCCCAAAAAUUUGUAUACUUCAUUAAGUUCUCCUUUUAGCCAAGAGCAAGUAAACCAAGCAAGUAAAAUCGGCGAAAGAAAGUAAAGAAAAAAAAUCCAGAAGAUUUCGAUAUAUACUUUCAAUGUAAAGCAAUUGCUGAAAAAAUUGAAAGAGAAAAGGAGAAGAAUAAAAAAUAAUAAUUUUUCGUGGCGUCAGUGUGCUUACAAAAGGAAAAAAAAAUUAAAUUAAUUUCAAAAUGUUAGUUCAUUCCACCAACUCUUCUUCAACGCCGACGCCCGGUUCUACGUCUUCUGCCACAAACACUUUGGAACCUCUUCCACGCUCUACAACAACUACUAGCAAUACUUCAACCAAUUCUUCAAAUCAUCACCAUUUGCCGCCUUCACAAAUGACAAAUUCACCGCUAAAUUCCCGACCACCAUCGCGCGCGCCAUCCAUUCUGGAUAGUCCAACUUUAGCACGUGUAGAACGGGCGCGUUUACGUUUGGAAGCUUCUAGUCAGCAACAAUAUUUGAAUGGCAGUUGCGGUAGCAGUAUAAAUACAUUAAAUCGUGAGAAUAGCUUAGAACGUGCUGCAAUGGAUCCAAAGAAAGACGUUAUUCCUUGGCAUCAGGUAUGGACACACAUGAAACGUCUGUCGCAUGCUUCCAAAGUAAAUUCAACGUCCACUUUAGCAGCACAAAAAUCUGAUAUGGUAACCAAUGGUUCAACAACAACAAGCGGCAAAUCUUCCAUAUUUCUACCAGAAAAGACGACAUCUUUGGAAGAUUCUCUACGCGCUCAGGAAGUAUUUUCGAGACCAGAAAUGCAAUCAUUGUUAGCUGGACGCAUACCAGUAUCAUCGAUGACGGGCCCAAUUAAACGUGGCCUGCUGUGGCAACAACGUGAUCGUUUAUUUUCUCGUUGGAAAGAAAGAUAUUUCGUUUUGACACGUGACUAUUUGCAUUGCUUUAAGCGAGCCUCUGGCUCAGCCAAUGAACGUGCUUCUGACAUGGGACAAUUUAUAUUUAAGGUCAAAUUAGUUGAUGUUGAAAAGGUGGAAUGGUUAAAUCGCCGUUCAUACAGUGCUAUCGGUUUAUUACUGGGACGAGAAGGACGAGUUUUAUUGAGAUGCGAUGAAGGCUUGGAAGAUUGGUUCGAGCUGUUAGAGGAGUGCACCAUCACCUCCAAAGAACGUCGCCGUGCAUUGAAGAUAGCUCAAGGUCCUCGCUCGCGAGCCUCCUUAGCAGCCCCUGUGACUCAUGCCUCAUUGCAAUCGCAGCAUUUCGGCCUGGGUAGCACUUUUUCUAGCGCUUUAGACGAUUGGUUAAUGACUAAUGGCAGCGGUUUAGCUGGACUUGGCAAUGGCGGUUUGCGGCAAAAGCUCGUCACUAAUAGCAUGUGCAGUUAUGGGGGCAAUAAUCCCUUUCUCUUUUCUGAUUCGGUGCCAGAUUUGAGCGCUUUAAAUAAUGAAAAUCACAAUCACAAUAACGGCCUGUCUACGAAUCAUUCGACACCACAAAAAAUACCCUACUCAGCCGUCAAUAAUUGCAGUCGGUAUUCGAACGGGUAUGCUUCACAGAAUAGCAGUUUUAAUGCCAUUAGUCAGGGCAUGUAUGGGUCACCGAGACGUAUUUUUAUUAAUAGUAGUUUCGGUUCAAAUUACGUGGUCGAUGAGGAGGGAGAAGAAGGUGAAGUAGAGCUAAGACGCCCACGCAUAUUCCGCAAUAAUAGUACGGACAAUGGUAAUGAGCUAGAUCGCGAUUGGUUGUAUCGUAAACCGCAAGGACCAACCGAUGUAAGGCAUUCAGUCCAGCCUAUGCUACCCACUCAUAACAACUUUACUGCCGUUGCUUGUAACAAGCUAAGCAACGAUUUGGAUUAUUCCGCCCAUGACAGUGGUUUGGAUACGCCACCGUCCACUCAUCGUCCAUCCAGUUAUCGCGAAUUACCAUCGCAUGCACACAGUAAUGCGAACACAAACUCAAGUAAGCAUCAACAGCCACAUCAGAUAUCACCACGUGAUUCAACUGAAACCUCGGUCAGCUCAUCCCGAGGGACCAUGUUGAAUUCACCUGGUGGCAGUUUUCGGGCAAAGCAACAACUGCAAAAGCAACUCACAAAACCGUUACAAACUCAAGCACUGAAUGGUACGCGAUUCAGCGCUCAGGAGCAAAGAAUUUUGAAGAUUCACAAUGAGGAAGAUUGUUGUGCUUCUAUCAAAUCAAAUAAUCACUUAAAUCACAAUGAACUUUAUGAUCCCAAUCAAAAUCGUUAUUACAAAAAUUGUCAACAAUCGCCUUCGAUGACACCACAGCAUACUCCCCAACAUCAACAGAAGGUAAUAAAUAACAGUAAUGCUAAUAAUAAUGUGACGUUAACUAACGGUAAUCAUAUGACGAUGACGUCGCCAUCUAAUGGUUCAGCUAUUUUUCGUGACCGUUAUCAACAUCCCGCCUUAGCAGCCAUUAUAAAUGAAGCACAAGGCAUGACAUUCAGAGAUCGCUCCUUUUCCGAUUGCCAGCAAGUGCCAACCAGACGAAGUGUUAACAACAAUCCUUCCCCACUAACUACCCGACGCAAUCAUAUUAAUCCUAUCUAUGGAACACCAACACGGGUAUAGCGGUUAAAAAUCUAAAAAGAAGCGAUAUUUCAUGAUAAAUUAAAUAAAGACAAGAAUUAAUAUAAGUUUGGGGAAUAAAACAGGUUUAAUUUACACAAAACAAUAAUAGAAUUAUAUUAGAAGUGUAAAAGGAAAUAUUAUUAUGUCUUAAAGAUUAUGAAUAAUGGUACGGGCUUUCUAAAGCGCAUCUAAUAAAUACAAGUGCUUAAAAAAAUUUAUGUAUUGAAAAUUAUUUCGUUGUUAUAACUUUUAAAAAUUUAAGCUUAUUAACGAAAUCUAUCAUCUUUUCAGAAUUUUAUUAAAUUAUUUCAUUGCAUUUAAAUUUUUUAUACAUUUCAUGACGGCUAGGUUGUUUGCAAUUGUUUGUAAUACUCAGCGGGGAAGACUACGUACGUUUUUGAAUGGUGAAGAAAAAAACGUAAAAAAAAACAUCUGACCGCUUCUAAAAGUUAUAAUUCUUCCUCAAGAAAUGGAAAGCGGGUGAAAAAAAUUGUUUACUUAAUGUUCAACGCGAUCUCAAAGAAGAUAGCUAUAUAUUCAUUUGCAAUCCCCAGAUAUACUUAUCAGAUAUAGAAUAGAUGUCAGAUCUUGCUCGGCUUAAUAAUCUGUAUUAGUUGACUUAGGUCUACCUUUAUGUUCGCUUGCUUGCUGUCUUCGUUUUGAAGCGGUUAAAAUUUUCGAAAUAAAGAAAGAAAACAAAAAUUUGAUUAUAUGUCGUUUAUUCACUUCCAUGAAUGCAAUUUCAUAAAAGACGUUAUCUCCUAACGACCGAUAAAUACCUCCAGGUGUCAACGUACAGCAGAUAGUAAUGCGAAACUUGAUAAGAGUAUAGUCCAGCAGAAAUUGGAAAUGCAUUCCAGUUCAAUAUAAAAAUUUUUUGCAAUCUUUUACAGUAUUUUAAUUUUUAAUUUUUUUAUUUAUUAUAUUGCUUUCGCGCAAUUAAUUUAAUAGCUUUGCAAAGCUUUAACUCUUGAAUUUUUACAUCACAUAUCAUGUGUAUGCAAUACUCAGAAAGAUUUGAUAUAGACUCAACUUUUAGCUUGUCUGUCUAGCUGAGCGUAAGCCUGUCUUGUUUUCGUGUAUUCAACCUGCAAGCCGCAAUUUUUGAGAUAUCUUGGUAAGAAUUGGCGCACCGGCACGUUUCGAUCCAAGUUCGAGCGUUAUUGGAAAUGGUUAGGAUCGCGCCACUUUUUCGACAACUAUAAAUUUCAAAGAUUUCUACAUUUACAACUAGUUCUUCCUGUUCUUGUCACUCUAAUUACCAAAAUCUAGAAUAAUACAAUAAAUAGCUGGCCGUAUAUGUAGAGAAAGUAAACUACGAACGUCAAACACUAUGUUCAACUAUUAAAUCAAUUAAUUAACGUCAUAACCGAUUGAGAAAGUUUCUAUCAUUACUACUUAAGAUACGUGGAUAUGUAGUAGAAAAACUUGUAGUUAGCUUUCAAUGCUUAUUAUGCACGCGUACUUAUAUUCCCUAAAACUGCAUCUUCUUCGGCUAAAUCGUAAACAGCGUUCAUUAAAAUGUGUACGUAUUAAAAUAACAAAUACAGUAAAUAAAAUCUUAUUCUAAUAAAAUAUGUAUUAAUAAAGGACAGAGCAGAAACAAAAAACGUAGUGAAUUCUUACAAAAGCAUUAAAACGGUUGCUUUUCAUUUUCAUAGCUUCGCGCAACAAUAAUAAUAAGCUAGAAAAUGCAUAUAUGAAACAUAUUUAAAAAAAAACAUAACAUAAUUUAAAGAGUCAAAGAUAAACCUUUAAUACAAUUAGUAUAAUUUACCAAUAUUCAAAAAAAAAAAAAAUACAUUAAAUGUACAAAAAUAAUAAUUUACAAAAAUAUAAAAAAAACACAACUAAAUAAAAUUUAGCUUUAAAACUAUUGUGUUUAAAAAACUACGAAUCAAAUUUUUAUUUCCUCAUAUCCUACGCCGCUGCAGAGUCCAUUCGGUCUUAUAAGCUUUUUUUCAUUUUUAUAGCGCAAAAAAUAAUUAUUAAGUACUUCGGCUGGUUGUGCUUAGAAAAUUAUGUUAAAUAUCAAAGGACCUGUUACAUUGUUAAAGGAGAGAAUAUUUUUACCAGCACUCUAUUUGUCUCAUUUUAUUGAAGUAAAAAGUAAUGUUUUUCAUUUCAUAUUUUCAGCAAAAUACUAUAUGUUUAAAGUUGUCCUAGAGAGAUAACGCAGCAACUAUUAAGCAAAUUUUAAAUAUAAAUAUUUAAUUCAAUUAUAUAUUUAGUUUUGAUACAUUAGUAUAACGUCUUGUGGUAUUAGCAUA